GUCUUAUCGGCGAAGGGGGGUGCCAUCUCUAGUUUGUAAAAAAAAGAAAAUAGCAACUCGUAUGUUUUGAAGCAUAUUUUCGCAAUUUCCACACGCGGACAGCAGUCGAGGAUGUCAUUUAACACACCCAAGUAACGCUCAGAAACAGCCACACACCAUGACGUCGCGCAACCUGACGGAGGUGUUCGUCAUCAUGCGAAACAAUGCCUCCAAGAAUCGCAGUCACUACGACGAUCGGAGGGGCAGCGAUGCAGAGCGCCUGCUCAAGCAUUCGGUACGCGAGGCGGAGGAGGGCCUGGAGCUGCAGGACGACUAUGGGACACCACCCUCCUGGCUGGACAAGUUCGAAGAGGCGCAGUACACCAUGUCCAAAAUCAAGCCCAAGCUUGAUGAGCUCGGCUCUCUGCACGCUCGCCAUCUGCUGCGUCCAGCGUUCGAUGACCAGCGGGACGACGAGUGCGACAUCGAAGUCCUCAGUCAGAUUGUGUCGAAGCUGAUCACCUCCACGCACCGGCACAUCCAGUGCGUGCGCUCCAGCCUGGGCGUGGGUAGCAAGAUGGAACAGCGCCUCACCGCCAACGCCGUGCACUGUGCCCUGCUCCAGUUGCAGGAGCUGACGCUAAAGUUCCGCUCCAGCCAGAAUGCCUAUCUGCUGCAGCUCAAUUCGCGGGAGGAGCGCUCCCAGAAGUACUUCGACGACGGAGCCGGCGGCGAUGUCUUCACCAACGUGGAGUUGGGCGACCAGCCGCCCGACAACUUUGUGGAUUCCUUUGACAAUUUCCUGCAGCCAGUUAAUGGGGCUGGUGCUGCACCCGGAGGAGGAGCUGGAGUAAGAACCGGUUCGCUGCUCUUCGAGGAGGACGAACAAGCCAUCGACGACCACUUCCAACGACCGCCAGCCAGCCGGAUGACCCAGCAGCAACUGCUGCUCUUCGAGGAGGAGAACUCCCGACUGGCCCAGCACCGCGAGCAGGAGGUCACAAAGAUAGUCAAGUCCAUAUACGAUCUGAACGACAUUUUCAAGGAUCUGGGGCAUAUGGUGCAGGAACAGGGUACCGUGCUGGACCGCAUCGACUACAACGUGGAGCAGACGCAGACCCGGGUCUCCGAGGGACUGAGGCAAUUGCAUAAGGCCGAGAUGUACCAGCGAAAGAACCGCAAGAUGUGCGUUAUCCUGGUCCUGGCCGCCGUUACCUUCUUCAUGCUGCUGCUGCUCAUCCUCACCAAGCUUAGUGGAUAAUCCAACAGCAAUAUAAUCUAUUCCAAUCGUUGUUUCCUGUGUGUGUGUAUAUUGUGUAAAAAUGUAUGAAUUACAUGUUAUAUUUAUUAUUUA